AUGCCGUAUUCGAAUGCUUGUGAGAGCGAAAUCCAUCUUCCAGAUUAUGAAGAAGAGAAAGGAAUUUUUGAAUCUUUCUUGGAAUACCUUCCUCUGACAUUCUGGGAAGAACAUGCACAACAAACCAAUUUGUAUUCAGUUCAAAAACGACAACAUAAAUCUGUUAACACCAGUGGAGAAGAAAUGUUGCAUUUAGCUGGAAUACAUGAUGUUACGGGAGUUCUGGGCUAUGCACAAAGUAAGCUGUACUGGCAGCAAGAUAUUCAGGUUCCAGUUAUUGCUAAGUGUAUGCCAAGAGACCGUUUCUAUGAACUGAGAAAUUAUAUGCAUUUUGUGGAUAGCACAAGUGAGCACAAUGAGAAGCUUUGGAAGGUAAAACCUUUUCUUGAUUGUGUGCAGAAGAAGUGUCUGACCCUUCCAAGAUCACAUCAUCUUUCCAUUGACGAACAGAUGGUGCCAUUUUCUGGUAAAUGUGGCUUUGUGAGUUACGUACUAUCAAAACCUAAUCCAUUAGGUUUAAAAUGCUUCAUUCUGGCUGCACCUGAUGGCCUUGUGUUGGACUUCAUGUUUUAUACUAGGUCAGGUACUGUGUCAGCUGAAGAUAUGAAAGAAUAUGGUCUCGUUGCAGCAGUUGUUAAGAUAAUGACAGAAAGUGUUCCUAGAGACAACCAGCAUCGUGUAUACACUGAUAGAUUUUUCACUAGUUAG